UUUGGGUGGACAUUCGGUGAAAAAUACUUGAUUGUGAUAUUUUGUCAGAUAUUACAAUUAUGAUAUAUAUGAAAAAACUAUGAAAACCACAAAAUUGAACGUGUGCUAUUGUUGUAUUGCUGUUUUUAUCACAUGCCUCUAUUUGCUGUUGGAGCGACGUCAUUCAUUCUUCAAAAGUUCAGUAUUUGACAUCAUCGACAAUCACUAUGCUUCUAAGGACACAUCACGCAGACAGCAAUCGGCCAAACCUAUGUCAUCAGUAACAUUACCAAAUAUACAUCUACCAGUGAUAUUAGGUAAAGACAAUCAAACUUCAAUACAUACAUCCAGUAAACCCACACCACAUAGACAGGUGUCAGUCACAGCUGAAACACACAGAAAUGGUAAAAACGUAUCAUUGGACAACUCAACACUGAAGCAAGAUAACAUUAAUUGUGAGCUUCGAUUCUCCAAUAAGACAUUUCCAAUUGUUGCCUUAGCAAGUCCACCAGGUUCUGGCAACACAUGGGUUCGUCAUCUAUUACAACAAUCUACUGGUAUAUAUACAGGGUCAGUAUUUACAGAUGGUAAACUUUAUAGAGCAGGUUUUCUUGGUGAAUUUGAAAAUGCAUAUUGUGAUAAAGUUAUUGUCACCAAAAUACAUGGUACGUUAGGAAAAGUGAACAAGUUUUCAUCGGUAAUUUUAUUGCUAAGAAAUUUACGAGACGCCUGUUUAGCUGAACUUAAUCGACACUUUACUGGAAAUGAUCACACGGGUUUUGCUAAAAAAAAGAUAGAAGACCAUGACGUGAAAGAAGUAUUGGAUGGGGUUUCAAACGUAGCUAUAAAUUGGUUAAAGUCAUACAAUGGACCAAUGCUGGUAGUACACUAUGAGGAUUUAUUAAAGGAUACUACAGGCGAAGUUACCCGGAUGUUGGAUUUUCUAAACGUCACGGAAUCAGACCGCCGAAUGGAAUGCCUCAAGAAAAACGUUGAAGGGUCAUUUCAUAGAAAUGAUAAUACUACCUGUCCGGUUAAGUUCUCCCAGAAGACACUCCCCACUGUUGCCUUGGCCGGCCCACCAAAUGCAGGUUUCCUUGGUGAAUAUGAAAAACCAGAUUGUGGUAAAAUCAUUGCAACCGCAAUUCAUUCACCAGUAUCUGAUGUGAACGCCAUGUUCACAUCCGCAAUUAUUUUACUGCGAAACCUGUUUGAUUUGUGUUUGGAAGAAGUCCAUCAGAGAUUGAAAACACCAGGGAAUGACACAGAUGAGAAUCACGUGGUCCACAUCGGCAAAACAUUUAUCAAGAACCGAAUUCGCCAAUUAUACCACUGGUCGUGUUUUUGGCUGAAAGGAUACCAUGGACCAAUAUUGAUUGUGCACUAUGAAGAUUUGGUUAACGACACUAAAGGCGAAGUUACCCGAAUGCUGGAUUUUCUGAAUGUUAGCAUGGCAGACCGACGGAUGGAUUGUAUCUACACUAACACUGAAAACUCUAGACAACGCGUUCAGAACAAUAGUGAUGACUAUGAAAUAUUCUAUGGGUUAAAAGAGUACAUUACUGACAAGACACAGUUCCUAUGUGACUUGUUGACUGAAAAAGGGUUUAAACCAAUGAUUCCGGUUAGUCUCCCUUUUAACUGA